GACUUUAAAAUCCUAAAGAAUUCGAGAACACCACAAAUUUAUCUCCUCACGCAUUCCAGAUAAUACCAGUCUUUUUUUGAGACACAUCACAUUCUUCUCCCUUGCUUUACCUAGGUAAAUAUUACAUAAUGCCGCCAUUGAUAUUACACAAUGUUCCAGAGGAGGAGUGUUAUGUAGGUGAAGAUGGUAUUAAAAGACCUUAUGCUAUGCUAUUCCCUGGAAAUGAUGGAAAUCCAGCCGCGGCAAGAGUUCGAAGAACCGUUCCAGAGACAGGAUCCUUUGGUAAAUCGACAAGACGAUCUCGAUCAAGAACUGGCACACCAGCUUUGAAAAAGGAGGAUCCGACCUUGGCAGCUGCAGACGCAAUCUUUGCUGCCACUUUUGCAAGGAGAGCAGCGGCGACAUCAGACUCGGGACCACCUCAGCGCAAAUCUUCGAUACCAUCUUCAUUGUCGCAAACCAAUAUUCGAGAUAACAAUGCUUUAGUAGCUAUUGAUGGAAAUGCGGGCCAAUCUUCGAGAUUUGUACACAAGGAGCCUACAGAGGUUAUACUACGAGGUUUCACGCCAGAGCAUCAAUGGGCAGCUAUUGCAGAAUAUGAAAGAAUUGCUGGCCACAUAUGUGAGGAUUAUCCUCGCGAUGCACCUCUAGAUCAACGAAGAUACAAAACCGACCUCCGAGAUCCUGUUGUUCUGCGAAGACGUCCGAUGACUAUAGAAGAAAAAGCAAAAGCUUUGAAAUAUGCUGGCGGGAAGCACUGGAUUAAAAUCACGUUCGAAUCCGCGGAAGCAGCAGAUGCAGCGAUAGAAGCCUCUCCACAAGCAGUACUGGGUUAUUUUGUUCACGCUGAACUCUAUCGCGGUGCGCCACCAGCAAAAGAUGAGCUUGGAGUUUCUACAGUAACAUCAGAAAGAUCAUCUCGUCUCAAUUCUAAUAGACACCGCUUCGAUCCUGGACCAUUCCUUCCAGGCGCCGAACGUCCACUUCAACAAUCCGGUCUACCCCGUUCCUGGACUACUCCUGAAAUGUCGCAAAUUAGUCGAAACGUACACUUUGAAGAUCGCGCUCUAUCUCCUGAAGGCUCUCAAGCUACCAGUCAUACAAUCGAUACUACUACGUUAACGACAUCUACAGUCACAGGUGGUAACCUUGCCCUUCAACAACGGCCGUCUUCUGCAGGUUCUGCCACUCCCGAGGCACCUUCCCUUUACUGUCGCAAAAUCCCAACAGCUCAACGACUGCAACUUCUUCCUGCCGAUCAGGCCCUACUCCCUCAAAAAUCGUACACACAGCAAGUUUUGUCCAACAUACCAUUAUUAAAUUGGUUCAGUGCGGAUAUUAUAGGGGACACAGUGCCAAGAACAGAGACGGGCGAAUUCGAUUGGGCAAAAGCGAGUCUUUAUUGGAGGAUGAUCUACUGGUUCGACACAUACCUAGGGAUUUUUGGAGUUGUGGGAGGAGAGAAAGAUGAUUAGAGUUGAUUAUAUGGAGAACUUUUAAUGGAGAAACGGAUUGUCGAGAGUGACAUCUUGGAAGGCGAAGACGAAGCAGAUUAGGUUGUUUUGGAGAAGCUAUGAGACUAUACCCGAGAUUGCGCGAAAAAUUACAGACGAAGAGCGUAGAUGGCACAGAAAUGUAAUAAAUGACCGGCCAACCAAUUGGGUAUGGAUGAUGGGGUGACUGAGGGAAAGGAGUUUUGGCGCGAGACUUUUCCCGGCGAAUAUAGCAUGAAAGUUUAUUUUGUCAUUCUGU